ACACAUUCACAGCUAAUCGAAUGGCAUGUGGGCUGUCAGGAAAAAAAGGAAAAGUAAAUAAAAAUGUAGCAUUUUAGUAAUAGGUUACUGAAGGUGCAUAGGUUGCAAAGUACCAGUUAUUCACUACAGGCUACUUGCUUAGUGCUAGAAAACCUUAUUCCUUUUGCCAUUCAUUCUGGAGAAAUGAAUAAAUUUAGGCAAAUCAGGAGUAGGGUAAAUCUGGAGAAAUUACAAAGGGGAGGAGUUCACCUUCCUGGCUAUGGCUUUCAGGUCUGUCCAGGACUACUUACUCCAGUAUAAAACUGAGAGCAGAAAUAUGAUCACAUACUAAGAAGUCUAAUCAAUUCUGGUUUCGACACUGAGCCUAUUUAAAAUAGAUAAUGGAAUUGCUGUUCCUUGUUCUCUUCUCCCUGCACAUUCUCAAGACAGAGGCAUUAGUUGGAGUCCCUUGGUGUUACCAGUCACAGAAGUCUGAACAGCCACACUGCAAAGAUCCUCGACAAUGGCAUUCAUCAUAUGCCACCUGCAAAGGAAACAAACAGUCACCUAUCAAUAUUGUCUCCAAAAAAGCUGUUUAUGACAAAAACCUUAAGCCACUGAAUUUUGAAGGCUACGAUGUGAAGGGAACUUCAAAAUGGAGCAUAACAAAUAAUGGACAUACAGUUGGAGUCCCUUGGUGUUACCAGUCACAGAAGUCUGAACAGCCACACUGCAAAGAUCCUCGACAAUGGCAUUCAUCAUAUGCCACCUGCAAAGGAAACAAACAGUCACCUAUCAAUAUUGUCUCCAAAAAAGCUGUUUAUGACAAAAACCUUAAGCCACUGAAUUUUGAAGGCUACGAUGUGAAGGGAACUUCAAAAUGGAGCAUAACAAAUAAUGGACAUACAGUUAAAGUAACAUUGGGCACAUCCCCUAAAAUUGGAGGUGGAGGUCUGGAAAAAAAAUACAAGGCGAUAGAACUUCAUUGGCAUUGGGGAGCUGAAGAUUCCCAGCACUACCUUCCUGGGUCAGAGCACAGCAUAGAUGGAGAAAAACAAGCCAUGGAGCUUCAUGUUGUCCACAUAAGAGAUGAUGCUUCGGAUAUAACAGAAGCGAAGAAAUAUUCAGACGGUGUGGCUGUGUUAGCAUUCUUUAUAAAGGUUGAUGAAGAAAAUAGAAACUAUGCAACUCUAAUAAAUGAAUUAGAGAAUAUUAAAUACAAAGGGCGAACAGAACAGAUGGAGCCUCUGCCACUGAGUUCUCUUCUCCCACCUGAGAAAGAACUUGGGAAGUACUACAGGUAUGAGGGGUCCCUCACCACUCCCGACUGCCACGAGGGUGUCAUCUGGACGAUAUUCGAGAAGCCAAUUGAACUCAGUUCUUUGCAGAUUUCUGAAUUCUCAAAAGUUCACUUCGAGGGGCAGAACUCGACUCGCAUGGUUGAAAAUUUCCGGCCUGUCCAGUUUCUGAAUGAACGCAAGGUGUACUGGUCCAGUGCCAGCACCCACCUGCCUACUGCUAAGGUCUUAAUGCUGCUCCUGACGCUUACGUUCAUCCUGAGUUCUCUUUGCCAAUGAACACUUCUCACCUCAUUCAAAGUUCUGGGCUUUUUGGAGGUGGUUUUUCUUUUUGUUGCUGUUUGGUUGGGUUUUUGUAUCACGUAUUGUCUCUAACUACCAACGCCUGAAUCAUAUCCGAGUACAGAAUUUAACCCUUUCAUCCUCCAGACACUAACCAAGGACUUCUGCUGCUGCACUUAUAUAAAAUGAAACCCACUGCACUAAAUUGCGAGAAUUCAAAGGAACUGUAAGAUAAAGCUAUGAAAAUUCAAGUUUAAAAAAACACUUAAAAAAACCAUUAGGAUGGAUUAUCUGCAAGCCUGUAAUUUUAACACAACACUGGAAGGACACUUUACAAGCUGUACAGAGAACCUACAGGAGGAAUCUGUUCUUAAGUGCCUAUGAAGGGUUUUGCUUGGAAUAUGUUUACAUUCAGCACUGCAAAUCAGGAAGACAGUAAUACAUGGAGUACAUGAAGGUACAAGACAGAGCAAAGAAAAAGUGUUCACCCACAACUGAGCAACAUCUGGGUCAUCCUAUGUAGAGAAGGACGUGUGACAAAUUUCAUGUGUACUCCACAAUUCCCCCCCAACCUUCUUCCUUCAGAGUAUCUGAAGUUAAUUUUAAGAUUAAGAUACUAGAUUCCUUUCAUUUCAUGUACUGAUUCUGGAUUUUGAGUUUUUCUAUUAAGCCUAUUUAUUCAGCCUAGUGCAGCGUCCUUCUCUGGGAUGCUCAUGCCCAAUAUGAUGUGCUAAAAAGAAAAAGGGAAGCUCAAUCACAUACAUCAUAGCACAUCUGUGAGAAUUCCCUCUCUUUGGAGGGCUGUAUUUGAAGCAUAAGACUUUGAUGAUCCUUUACAGUUUUCACUUGCCUAAUAAAAUGAGAAAGUUCAAGAAAUGGCUCUUUCCAGUAUCACAUUUUAGAUGCUUUUAAAUUUCAGCUUGAACAUUUCCCUACGAAUUCCCCCUCUCCUUUAUUUUUGUGUAAUGACAUUCCUGUAAAAUACUCACAUAUGGUUAAGAUUCGUAUUUUUUCCAAGAACCUAGUGAUUUGAACUAAUUUCUUCAGAUCAAUUACUUCCAGAAAAGCUCAAUAUAUUGGGAAAUGGGAUUUCCUUAUGCUAUUCCAGUUCUCUCUCUGAAGACAGACGUAAAAGUCUUCCACGGCUAUUGCCAUAUAACAUGUUACAGCUUCUUUUAGAAUUUUAGAUUUUCCAGAUUAAGAUUCAUAUUAGCAGACUUGUACUUUUUAUUUAGGGUAAUGUUUGCAAAGAUGACUUUAUGCUACAGCUAUGUGGCCAUUUUCAGGAAAAUCAGCAGUGAGACUAACCACAGCUCACCAAAGGAGAAAAAGCAGGGUGAAAAUUAUUUUCAUAUUUAACAAUGAGUAAUAUAUGCUUAUAAAAACCACAUGAGAAAGCAAUUUCACCUUUUUAAGUUUAGAGGAAUGAUUAAGACUUUAACUGUAUUUUUAGCUAACUGAAAAACUUUUGAGAAGCAAACAUAAAUGAAAGAUUAAAGUUUAAGUGACCUCUA